AUGGGCAGAGCGACAGUAGAAUCCAAGGGCACGAAGGACGGCAGCAGCAAGGAGAGACCUGUGGAAGCUGGACUUAGCGAAAAUCCACAGGCUCGCGCAGAUUGGGAAGCAAAGCGAGGGUCCUCCUCCCCCUCGUCGAAAAAGACGGGCAACGCAACCGUACCUGGAGCCGUUUCCUCCACUGGAGGCAGACCCAGCAAUUCCAAACGCGGACUCCGACGGGCGAAUACUGGGAGCGACGACGGCCAACAAGAAGGUCGAGAAGGCCAUGCUUCUACCGAUUUUUCAGCGGCAAGCAACCGAUCCAUCGCAUCCAAACAUGGACUUCGACGGCGAAACGAUGUCGCUCUUACGAGUAACAAAGGUCAAGAAGAGGAUCGGCCAUAUUCCACAGUUUCUACAACGGAAACCAGCCAUAACAAGUCCAGUGCUGGAACACUGAUGAGCAAAACGGAGUUUGUAGCCAUGCCGGAGAAUGCGGCUGACGUGGUUGACGACCCCACAGCAAUGAUGGACCCCGAGGGAGCACCGGACCACCGUCCAUCCAAGAGUGAAAUUUUGUUUGAUAACAAGUCCAGUGCUGGAACACUGAUGAGCACCACCGAAUUUGUAGACAUGCCGGAGAACGAAGCUAACGCGGGUGACAACCCCACAACAAUGGACCUUGAGUCGGCAAGAUUCCACCGUCCAUCCAAGAGCGAGUUUCUGAUUGAAGCUACUCUUGUUCCGGAUGACCCUGUCACUCCCCAACAGGAGCCCAGCCCAGAGCUUGCCAAAGUGGUGGAGGCAGAGCAACUGUACUUUGGAUUUUCGAAACGACAACUUCUCUUUCUGGGGGGCUGCCUGGUUUUGAUUGCUGUCGUUGUGGUGAUCGUGGCUGUUACCCUUGGUUCUGGUGGUGGUGAUGGUGAAGAACAAUUUUCCUCCACCAGUCCUACGAAUUCCACCCCAAGUCCCACAGCAACACCGCUGCCUACUUUGGAACGGAUCCAAGAACGGGGAGAAGUGAUCUGUGGAAUCUGGGAUGAAGCCAAAAUUCUCGCCGUAAUGGGUGGUGUCUUUCAAGAGCAAGAAGAUCAAAUUGAUAUAGCUCUCUGCCGUGCUCUCGCGGCGGCUGUACUGGGCAAUGGCAGUGCCUAUCGAGUGGUAGAGGUAACCCAGGAUAUCAAUUUUGAAGCACUGGCCAACAGAAGCAUUGAUGUCCUGGUAUCCCAUGUGGAAACCUCCAUGCAAGCAGAUAUCUAUGAGACAGAGAAAGGAAAGAUUGAAGAAGGGUUCACUUUCUCUGUCCCUUUUGGCUACAUUGGUAUUUUCUGGGGUGGUCUCGAGCAUUAUGUGCAGUGCACAGAGGACAACUACAACACUCGUGGCAACUGCAGCGAUCUCAGGAUUUGCAUGAAUCAAGAUUCCGAGUGGACGGACAUUGUGGCCGAGAGCAUUCCAGAAAGCUAUAUUGCGAAAGAGGACAAUGUUACAGAAAUUCUCAAUGGCUUCAAGAGAGGAGAUUGCAAUGUGUUUGCUGUUGAAGGCACUGGCCUCACAGAGUUUCUGUUGGGUCUCUUUGGAUAUCGGGGAGAGUACUAUCGUGGUACCAAGCCAUUUUUCAAGGAGCCAGCAACAAUGGCAACCCUGGAUGGUGAUCCCGAGUGGUCAGAUUUUGUCAACAUCAUUCUGAUGGGCUUGUUUGCAGCGGAGCAAAAUAACAUUACACGCUCCAAUGCAGCUGAAAUGUUGGGCGCAGAUGUGUUGGGUGAGGAACUGGAGCGUGCUGUCAAGGAAGUGUCCAACUUUGGGGAUGUCUUUGAACUUGGAUGGGUGCCAAUUGUCAAAACCAGAGAAGGCAUGAAUUUCCUGAACAACGGAAGCACGGGACUGCUUUUCACUCUUCCACUCGGUUUCAUCCAGAAUGAAGGGCCUGGCCCGGUGGCAGGUGGGACACUGGGGGAGAUCCGGGACAGACCAGACGGAAAGCUACGUUGUGGUGUAAGGUUGAACAGGCCAGGAUUUGCAGUUCACAACAGUGAGAAGGGACUUCCAUUCACCGGGUUCGAUAUUGACAUGUGUGCAGCCUUGGCUGCUGGUCUUUCACAAGGCACAGCUGAUGCUGUUCUAUUUAUAGAUGUGGAGAAUGAAGCCCAGGGAUACCAAAUGUUGGAUUCAGGGGAAGUUGAUGUUUUGGCAGGGUUUACAUGGAACAUCCAGAAUGACUAUCAUGAACCCGGAACUGGAGUGGGUUAUUCCUUCACUUCGCCCUACUUCUACAAGCCUGUGCAUGUUGAUAUCCGCAACAGCAAUGCCACUUUUGAUGACAACCUUUGCCUAGUGACAAGACAAGAUGAUCCACAAUUCUCGUCCUUUGUUUUCUGGACUGUUGCUUCGACCUGGUAUGCCGAAGAGAGAGGAGUGACCGAUGCAAACUCUAGAGAUAUGCCAGAUGUGAAUUUGUUUGGUUUCGACUACAGCAGAAUGUUUCAAGAUUCCGUUUUUGCAGUGGGCAACUAUGAUCAAAUCUAUGAAAGGAACUUGGCCUCCAUCCUUCCUCGUGGUGGACGCAACAUGCUCAAUUCAGCACGCGAAGCUGGGCCACAACUCUAUGUUCCUCCCGGCUACUUUUGA